GUUUUAAAUUUUAAACUGGGAUGAACAUAACAAGUAAGAACAAGUUUUUAUGAUACUCAGUCGAUCGCCGACCGUCUCACUGUACAAACCUUCUACUAUCUACUAUUUGUGUUUAUUAAUAAAAAAAAUAAAAAUAAAUAUUAGAUAAAUAAAAGUGGUUAAGGAAAAAUAAUAUCAAAAAAAAAAAACCAGUCACUACCAUAAUGGGUACAUAUCCAACUUGUUGAGUAAUCAGUGCAACCAAAGAUAUCUAUUUUUUUUUUUUUCUUCAAGUGUUAUAAGCAAGAUUAAAUAUAUAUAUUUAAAGCAAAAAUAAAAUAAUCAUCAAUGAUUAUUAAAUAGUAGAUAAAAUAGUGUUUAUUAAAAUUUAAAUAAUUAUUAUCUUUUAUUAUUGACAAAACAAUGACAUCAGUAUCGUCAAAAGACGAUAGAAAAAUGCGUAUUAAAGAACAAAAAAAAAUCAAUGAUAAAUCAUUAAAAAUAAUUAAUGAUGAUCCUGGAAUUAAUCAGUCAUUUUUAAAUUUACCACCAGAAAAUUUAAGUAUAUCACAUUCAGAUAUUGAACAGGGUUUUAAUAAAUAUAAAAAAUGUCUUAAAUUUGAUAAGUCAACAAUUCUAAGUUUAAUUGCAAUAUUCAUUGGACUUAUUUGUAUAACAAUUGAGGCAAUUAAAUUACAAAAAUUAUUUGAAAAUUCAAGAGACAUUGAUAAUAUUAAAAAAGACAUGGAAAUAUUAAAAAAUCGUUAUUAUGAAGAAGAUUUAUUGGAUGAACUCAAAGCAUUUGAAGAGCAGUUGAAUGCUGAUGAAGGUGGAACGUUAAAUUCAAAAAUUGAUGAUGAUGAUUACGAUACAUAUUAUGAUGAUGAUGAUGAUGAUUAUAAAAGUAAUGAAAGUAAUGAUUAUUCAAAUGAAAAUAAUAAUACAAAAAUAAAGAAAAAAAAAUUGAUUGAUCAAUCAAAUAAAAAACAAGACAAUCCAAAGCAUAAUAAAAAAAAACGUUUUGUUUCAAAUGAAUCUGAAUCAAGAUUAAUUGAUGAUAAUAAAUCAUUGAUUAAUAAAACAAUACCAAAUAACAAUGAUGAUGAUGAUGAUAAUAAAUUUAAAAAAUAUCAUAAAAAUAACAAGAUAAAUAAAAAUAGAAAAAAAUCACAAAUUGUUAGACGUAAUUUACGUUCAUCAAGAAAUAUAUUUGCAGCAAAUUAUGAAGCUGAUAUGAUGAUGUUUCAUCAUGAUGAUGAACAUACUGGUAAUGGUAGAGCUAAACACAAUGAGGGUAUAUUUAAAGCAUGGAGAUCAAGUGAUUGGAUGGAUAGUUUAGGAAUGAAUCGUUAUUUUACAUUAUCCAGAGAUGGAAAAUUAACUGUUCAUGAAUCUGGUGUUUAUUUGGUAUAUGCACAAAUUCAUUAUCUUGAUGAACAUGAUGAAAAUGGCUUUCAUAUGCUUGUUGAUGGAACACCAAUAUUACAAUGCAUGGUUUAUAGUCCUGGAACUGGACACAAAAGUAGAUCAUGUUAUUCAUCACAAGUUACUUAUCUCAAGUCAGGUAAUCGUAUUGUCAUCAAAGAUGUUGGACCAGCACGUUAUACAUUAUUUCAACGUGAUAAGAGUUUUUUUGGCUUGACAAAACUUGGUGAUGUUAGACAACAACAAUCAACACAAUUGACCUGGCAUUCAUCACCAUCAUCAUCAUCAUCAUCAGCACCACAAAAUUCUGGACGAUGACUGUUGUAUUAUUUAUAAUUAUUAAUUACAUUUAUUAUUAAUUUUUAUUUUGUUAAAAUUCAAACAAGUAUACCAAAACAAUUUAUAA